UAGCGUUGAACUUGAACGUGAGAGGACCUGCAGAUUAUCACGGGUGUUACCUGUUGCGCCGCGCUGGUUAGUCAGGUAGACUUUUUCACCCGUGGGUGCAGCGCAGGCGAAGGUUAUCAGUCUGGAACCUAAACUUUCGGUGGUUUUCUGCAAAUAGCUUGUUUCUCACUAAGGUGUUUCUAUGUGUGAAACGUUUGUUGUCACCAUGGCCAGUCUGAGAGCGUUCAGUGAGCCAAUUGAGAGGAUUGCUUCAGAACCUGUGGAGGACACAGACACAAGUAGCUUCGCGAGAAGCAUGUCAUUGAAGUCCACCUUUCCAGUUCAAGUCACAGAGCCCCAAGAUACAGUGACAUUACAGUUUCCAUCCUUGACCCCUGGAUGUAUAACAAGCCCAACAAGCAGAAUACAACAGCCAGUGGAAAACGAUGGAAGUGAAUGCAUUUGCCACCCAUCAAUCUCUUCAGGCUUCACAAAGGACCUGGAGUACCUGAACAGCUCGUGUGACAAGUGCUGCUGCCCCGCCCCGGCACCCAUGAUCAGCGACCUGAUGAACGACGGCGACCUGCUCCAGCGGCUGCAGCAGAAGCUGGACCCGGCCCACUGCACGGUCAAGAACUGGAAGAACUUCGCCAGCCGCUGGGGCAUGAGCUACGAUGAGCUGACGCUCCUGGAGCACCGCACGCAGGGCUCGCCGCAGCACAGCCCCACGCAGGAGUUCCUGCUGCGCAACAACCAGAAGAGCGUGCGCGAGCUCACCGAACUGUGCCGCCAGUACCAGCGCAUCGACGUGCUGCGCCUGCUGCAGCGCUGGCUGGAGAACGACUGGCCGUCGCGCUGGCAGCACGCCCACUAGUCGGCGGUCGGCGUUAGGGACGGACGGACGGACCUGUGGCCCAGCCUGGUGGAUGAUGUCAAGCGGCAGAAUGUGACUUUUGUUUACUUGUUUGGAAUCAGUCCACAUAGCUACACUGAGUUUGUGUUUGUUGUUGUUGUUAAUGCUCAUUUUUGACUGAUUGCUAAGGGAAGUUUGGAAAGGCGUAGCUGACUCUUGUAGAGUUCUGAUCAGGAGGAUAGAGAUUGUUUGAGGCCUGUUGUUGAGCGUCUUGCUCAGACUCUACCGAUUUCAUUCUUUACAAAAAUGCACGUAUGGCAUAUAAUGAACGUCUUAACAAUGAAAUAUGAGAUUGUAUAAGCCAUUGUCAUGGUACAAUGCUCUUAUUGAUCUCUAAAACCUGAACCUAAUCUAAUGGAUAGAAAAUAUUUUCUGCCAGAUCUUUUACCCAAUAAGCCAUUAGCAUUUUGGACAGACCUCACUCAUGCUUAUUGAACUGCCAUCCCAACAUUCUAAUCAUCAACUCUUCUACAUGGAAUUCUCAUAAGGAUUUACUUCUUAGGGUGAUGGCAGAGGAGUUAAAGACAUUGACAUUUUUUCACACUGUAGAUUACUCCAAGUGGUGCGUUCGAUGUAUUUUUGUGGUUUUUGAGGGGAACAGAAAAACAGUUGCCUGUAAACACACCUGAAAUGGGAGGCAGAUGGGAGCCUGAUAAUUAAUGCAAAUAUUUAACCAGACAGCUUUGUUUCAAUGCUCUAAGCAGUCACAUGAGAAACUGUUUGUGGAUGUGACUGUUAAGGAUUCAAUUGCAAAAAAACCCUAUUCAUCCCAUAAUAAUAAGUGCAGUCUUUAGUCUAGGCUCUGAUACACCAGCCAGAAACGGUGAAAAAGAUCUUACUCGGUAUACUUUAUACUCGGUUUAAUACUGUAAAUAUUAUUAAUACAGCCUUGACACAUCAAAAAAGCUAUUAACUGGAUAACUGCGUCAACAUUAUCAAGACCACACUUGUUUUAGACGUAAAGCUAAACUUCAAUUUGUUAAUCUCCUCUGUGAGGAGUAAGUUUAUUUGGCUUCUGGUCUUAAGUUUCUCAACUGUUCUGUGUACCACACUACUCCGAAAUGUCCUGAUGUUCUUCAGCUGACCAUUUACAAGACUGCUCUCUCCCUAAGCUGCAGCCUGGAAUUGAUAUUUUAGAACACCUAGCAAAUGUUGAGGUGGAUUUCACCUUGCUAUGUGAUAUCCAAAAUGUUUUAAGUCCCAUAAUGUUCAGUGUCUCUAAGGUCCUGGCUAUAGAAAGUGCUGGUUAAAUCUGUUCAGAGUGGCUUCUGUUCUUUACAUUUAUUUCAAUCCAUUGGUUGAAUUGCAUGGGGUGUGUAGUGCAAUUUUGUCAUUUCUGCCGUAUUUUGUUUUUUCUAGUUUUCCAGUAAUAAAUAUGAUUACACUUUGA